GGUGAGCCGGGCCCCGACCGCCGCGUGGCGCCGCCCGGCGGCGCGGAGGGCUCGCGGCAGCCUGGCGCGCCGGCGGCUGUCGGCGGCGCGCAGGCCGCCGGCCAGGAAGCGCCCAUGAGCAACUACGCGUUCUUCGUGAAGUACACCUACUCCAACGAGUGCGCACUGCUGGCCUACAACUUCCACGAGCUGGUGACGAAGCUGAAGAUCUUCGACCACUUCGAGUAUCGGCACGACCACAGGCUGAUCAGCGUGACCCUCGCCUACAUCUUCUACAGGUCUCAGGCGCUAAAGCCCGGCCCUUGCCUCUGGCACCAAUCUCACCAGAACCCAGGCAAGUCGCCCGGCUUGCCUGUCACUCCUGCCAUCCAUGUUGCGGCCGUGUUGGUAUGGAUCGGUCGGUGGCGAGCCCCCCCCUCUGCACUCGGGGCCAGUCUUCUCCUGCUCGGGUCAGCAUCGAUGGCGCCAGCAUGAGUCACGAGCGCUCAUUGCGCGUCUUUCAUGGUCUAGACGCAAGUCCCAGUGUAGAAGCCGUUCGACACGUACUGGAGGCAGGCCGCGAAACGCA